UAACGUUCAAAUAUCGAAUAAGAAUGACAUUUGAUUAAAAUCUUUUUUUUUGAAAAAAAAAUUCAAAAUGGUUGUUCCAAAAAGAUAUGUCAUCCGUUUUGCUAAUGAAUUGAAUAAUUUCCGUUCGAUGGAAUUCAAUGCAUUGGCUUCUUUGUAUAAAUUGAAUUUUAAAUUCAUUGAACCAAUAUCGGAAAAGCCAUUCAUGAUCAUUGAAACUAGUGAUGAGGAUACACUUCGUAAGGUAUUCAAUCGAAUCAUUUUAGCUACUAGUCUAUUCGAAUGUUGGAUUUCAUCAAACGAUUUGAAUCAAUUUAUUAACGAAAUAAAUAAUUGCUUACAAAUUAAAAAUGAUGAAUAUUAUCAAAAUUGCUCAUUUCGAAUACAAGUUGAAGCAUUUGGUAGGAAAAUUUCACAAUCACAAAAAAUUGAACGUAUCGAACGGCUAUCUGGUUUGUCAUUGAAAGGACCAAUUCGAAUGACCAAUCCCGAUGUAACAUUCUAUUAUAUGGAAUAUUAUGGACUCAAUCCUAAUAUACAACCUGAACUGCCAUAUCAAAUUUUAUUUGGAAAAUGGAUCGCUAACAGUAAUCGAAAAUUGUUAUCAACAUUUUCAUUGAAAAAUAGAAAAUUCAUCGCCAACACAUCGAUGGAUGCGACAUUAGCAUUUCUGAUGGCUAAUAUUGCCCGUGUCAAUGUGGAUGAUAUUGUUUAUGACCCAUUUGUUGGUUCCGGUAGUUUACUUGUAUCUGCUGCAUAUUAUGGUGCCUAUGUUUGCGGUACAGAUAUUGAUUAUCCAUUAUUACAUGGAAUGAUAAAACCAACAAGAGUUGGUGCCAAAAAACGUGAGGACGAUGAAUCUGUACAAGGAAAUCUAAAACAAUAUGGACUUGAAUCUAGAUAUCUUAAUGUUAUUGCCGGUGAUUCAUCAUUACAAUUAUUUCGAAAUAAUAUCGAAUUCGAUGCAAUCAUAACUGAUCCACCAUAUGGUAUACGAGAAUCACGUGAACGUAUUGGUUCAAAAAAAUCUGAUCCAACCAUACCAAUUGAAUAUCUUGAUCGACAUCUACCAGCUAAAUUACAAUAUAAACUUGAUGAUAUAUAUCAUGAUUUAUUGAAUUUUUCUGCACAACAUUUAAAACCUAAUGGUAUUGUUACAUUUUGGGCACCAUAUUUUAAACGUUUCUAUAAUAAUGAAACAACGAAACAAUUUCAAACAUUGUCACAGAUAGAUUCAUUACCUAAAUAUGAUCAUCAUAAUGAUCCGUCCUUACGUUUUCAACAUCAACGUUUACGUUUAUUAUCAUUUGGUGAACAAAAAUUGACGAAAAAUUGUUCAAGAAUAUUGGUUACAAUGCAAAAAAUUUUAUAAUUUCUUUUUAAAUGUAAUAAAUUUUUCAAUUUUUUUGUGAUA